AUGCCUACUCGCUGGCAGGACUUGUUAACUCUGUUCCCUAGAAUCGAAAUAACAGGCAAUGCCAACCAAAAGAGCGAGCAUGAGGGGCUUGUUGGUGUAAGGUGCAUGGACAUGAUCCUUGUCAUUUCUCAAAGCUUAUCAUAUACCAGCAAGGCGGAUAUCGAGAAGAGCUCGGCCUUGGCAGAGAACAAAGAAGUACUUCAUUUGCCGGAGCACAUCCACGAAAGGUGCGAGGAAGAAUCCAUAGCCAAGCUGAAGGAGCAACUAUGGCUCGCAGAAUUGGGCUGCUCGAGGCUUCAAGCGCAGUACCAAGUAUACAGAUUGCGCUGGCUGGAGGAAUAUCAUUGA